UUCUUCUUUCAAUAGAUAUUCUUCAAUAUCCUUUAAAAUACAGCCAAAAUGACUGCCAAAUGCCAAUUACCCGCCAGGAGUUCUCAAAUUUAUGGACUCCUAACACUUCUCAUUAUUUUUGCCCUUCUACCACUUUUUCCUUCAACUUUCCUUUUGAAUGGCAAUCUUUAUUUCCAACUCUCACCCCAAGAAACUCACUCUUUUCCUCAACACCUCAUUUCUUUUCCUCUUCAUUUCCUUUAUCACAGCCUCUUAUAAUCAAUCCCAUGAUCACUCACAUAUUACAACUACACAUAAUUUAGCAGUUCAAGAAUUAAUCAAAACUAGCACUGAUGGUGGCUGCACUGGUCUUCAUGAUCUUACUGAUUCAAUCUCCAAAUGCUUGUAUGUCAAGUCUCAAACUGGUUGCAGGCCUAAAGGGUAUAUAAACUAUCUCCAAAUCUUUUACUGCACUUGCGGAAACUUUCCUUUCUUGGGUUAUACGGUUUUAUUGCUUUGGCUUUCUGUUCUGUUCUAUAUGUUAGGUAAUACUGCUGCAGAAUAUUUCUGCUCUUCCUUAGAAAACUUGUCUAAAAUCUUGAAGCUUUCACCGACUGUGGCCGGUGUUACGCUUCUGUCUCUCGGAAACGGUGCUCCGGAUGUUUUUUCGAGUAUCGUUUCCUUCACUAGGUCGAGUAACGGAGAUUUCGGUAUAAACAGUGUUCUUGGUGGGGCGUUUUUCGUGUCGUGUGCUGUUGUUGGUGUUUUAAGUAUAUUAAUUAGUCCUCAAGAAAUUUCAGUUGAUAAAUCUAGCUUCAUUAGAGAUGCUUCGUUUUUUCUUUUGUCACUCUGUUCUCUUCUGUUGAUCUUUCUUGUAGGAAGAAUCACAUUAUUGGCUGCAAUUUGUUUUCUUUCUAUAUAUUUCUUCUAUGUCUGUGUAGUUUGCUUAAUGCACUUCCACAGUAAAAAAGAAAAGAAACUCACCCCAUUGAUUAUAUCACCAUCUUCCAAAAACUUCACCAUUGAUUGCAGCCAAGAAGAUGUUAUUGAAAUGGGUAUUCCGUUACUCGGCUAUGUCGAUGACGAAAAACCAAAUUUGACUCACAAAAUCAGUAAUCUUGAAGAUGAAGAACAACAAAAUCCAUUUUCUUCAUGUUUUAACCUUGAUUCAUCUUUUUUUUACUACUUGGGUAAAGUUUUUUACCUUUUGGAGCUACCUUUGUAUUUACCAAGAAGAUUGACUAUACCUGUUGUUACUGAGGAGAAUUGGUCAAAACCAUAUGCAGUAACUUCUGUUACAUUGGCUCCAAUUUUACUGGCAGCUUUAUGCGACACGAAUUUUUCGGUCGUCUUCUAUUUAACAGCAGGUUUUAUAGGAGUUUUCCUUGGAAAUCUUGCAUUUGUCACUACAAAAAAGUCUAAUCCACCGUUAAAAUGUCUGUUUCCAUGGCUAGCUGGUGGGUUUAUAAUGAGUAUAACAUGGACUUAUAUCAUAGCAGAGGAAUUGGUUUCACUGCUGGUUUCAGUAGGGUAUCUAUUUGGUAUUGACCCUUCAGUUUUAGGACUUACUGUCCUAGCAUGGGGUAAUUCACUUGGAGAUUUGAUAGCAAAUGUGACAAUGGGUUUGAAUGGUGGGGCAGAUGGUGCACAAAUAGCUAUAUCAGGGUGUUAUGCAGGUCCUAUGUUUAAUACAUUACUUGGAUUAGGGGUUUCAUUUGUGAUAUCAGCAUGGGGUAAUUACCCUAAUUGUUAUAUGAUUCCUGAAGAUCCUUCACUUUAUGAAACUGUUGGGUUUCUAAUUGGUGGAUUGCUUUGGGGACUUGUGAUUUUGCCAAGGAAGAAUAUGAAGUUAGAUAAAUCUCUUGGUGUUGGUCUUUUGGCUAUUUAUUUGUGUUUUAUUUCCUUAAGAUUGGCUAGAGAUUUUGGUGUCUUGAAACUUCAUGGCUUUUCAUUCAUUCAUUGAUAGUUCAAGUGGUAAAAGCGUCUCAGAUAGAUAUUCGAUUCGAGUCGCCAUGGAGUAUGAGUGAAAUUAUUUAAUCCUCUUCAUGGAAAGGAAAAAAAAUCUAGAACAAGGUACAUAUGGAUACAAUAUUGAAUCUUGUAUUUACUUACAUUCAUCAUUAUACAUAAUAUACUACAGGAAUCAAAUAAUCAUAUUGUGGAUUUUUCA